GAAACAUUUACAACCAAUAUUUCAAUCUAUAGCAGCCAAGGCUGAUAACGAACCAUGUUGUGAUUGGGUUGGUGAAUCUGGUGCAGGUCAUUAUGUUAAAAUGGUUCAUAAUGGUAUCGAGUAUGGUGAUAUGCAACUUAUUUGUGAAGCAUAUCAUUUGAUGAAGGAAGGAAUUGGUCUCACAAAUGAUCAAAUUGGCGAUGUGUUUGAGGAGUGGAAUAAAGGUGAAUUGGAUUCAUUUUUGAUUGAAAUCACUAAAGAUAUUGUCAGAUAUAAAGAUAACGACGGUAUUCCUCUAGUGGAGAAAAUUAGAGACACUGCAGGCCAAAAAGGUACCGGAAAAUGGACAGCAAUAAAUGCACUUGAUCUUGGAAUGCCGCUUACACUCAUAGGUGAAGCUGUAUUUGCUCGCACACUUUCAUCUUUGAAGAGUGAACGUGUACGUGCGAGCACAAUUUUAAAAGGACCUCAAAAUGUUACUUUCUCUGGUAAUAAAAAAGAUUUUAUCAAACAAAUAGGUCAAGCUUUAUAUGCUUCCAAAUUGAUUUCAUAUGCUCAAGGAUUUAUGCUUAUGCGUGAAGCUGCAAAAGAAUAUAAGUGGGAUUUAAAUUAUGCUGGUAUUGCUUUGAUGUGGCGUGGUGGUUGUAUCAUUCGUAGUGCUUUCUUGGGCGAUAUUAAAAACGCAUACAUCAAUAAUCCACAUCUUGAAAAUCUUCUUUUUGAUCCAUUCUUUAAGAAUGCUAUUGAAAGCGCACAAAGUUCAUGGCGUAAAGUCAUUUCAGAAGCUGUUUUAAUUGGCAUUCCUACUCCUGCAUUCGCAUCGGCUCUUUCAUUUUAUGAUGGUUAUAGACAUGAAAAAUUACCUGCUGGUCUACUUCAAGGAAUGCGAGAUUAUUUUGGUGCACAUACCUUCAGAUAUCUUGAUGAAUACACUGAUGAAAAACAUCCUAAAGAUAAAGAUGUUCACGUUAAUUGGACUGGUCAUGGUGGAAACGUUAGCGCUUCCUCUUAUCUUGCCUAA